AUGCUGUACAGCGACGGUCGCUCUCCUGCCUCUGUUUCAUGUCCAUUCUACUGGGGCUCCCCUACUCUCACUCAAUAUGGGACGACGUAUAGCACUUCGUAUCCGGAGAGAGUGAUCGUUACGACAGAAUAUGUAACUGUAACCAUUCCAGCUCGUCUCCGCGCCAGGCAGGAUCCUGCGUCAUCGACUCCAACAACGAGUGGCGAACAGACCUUCAGCGUCAAUGAUGUGACCCCGGUCGCCCGAACUAUCACCAUCACGGAAACUGUUGUUGCUACCAACACUGUCCCGACCCUCACUUUAUUCGCUCCCUGCACAACCACCACCGUUGAUGACUCUGGCACCAAUUCGACGACAACGACCACACGCGCAAAUCCUGGCGGUAACGGUGGCUCCUCCACUGCGUGGCGGCCUGCUCAGGUCGACAAUGCCAACGAUGGGAAAUCGACAACUACUUCGGAUGGGGCUACGAUUAUUCUCACCGAACUUGUCACGACAGUGAAUGGGGUGGAGACCAUUUUUGCCACGCCCAUUCAAACCUUGUUGAAUACAUCCGACAACGUUCUCAGUGACUCUCAGAGAACUGGAGUCAUUGCCGGUGCCGCCGUCGGUGGUGUAUGCGUGCUCGUCGCACUUUUGGGUGUCAUAUUCUAUUUCAGACGAGCCCGAAAAGCACGAAAGCGUAUGCUUGCCGAGAAGAACAAACGCCCGACUCGCCAUCCUCUGGAAGACGAGGCAGACUAUUUUCCUCAUCCAGCAAUGGCUCAAUGGGACGCUUACUCCACCACGGGCUCGACCGUGAGUGCGCCCCGACUACUUCGAGCUAGGGGUAGCCAGACGGGGAGUUUGUUCCACGAAGACGUCUGGCCACCGCCGACCGAAGUGAUGCAGGAUCCCCUCCUCACUUCGCAGGAUCUCGGAAGCUCCAUUUCUUUGGCAAUGGGGUUCCCGCACGAAGCGUCUUCGGAUCUGCAAGCAUCGCCAGAGACUCUCUCGCCAUCUGAGACGGCGGGGAGCCUCGGGCGUAGGCACAGAUCAUCUGCAUAUGACUCUAUUCGUUCCACGGACUCUGCAGACUACAACCGAUCUCAUUCGCGUGCAGAUUCGUCGGCGCCAUUGUUGGAUAGCGCCGGCAGGACGAUAUCUCCGCCUCCGCCAUCAAUGCAUCCGUCUGCCAUGGCCUCUCCCUCGAGCACGCGAGGCCGUGAUCCUCGCCGCUCAAACUUGAGAGUAUCCUACACUGCCGAUGAAAUGGGUGGUUUCGUCAACCGUUCUUCUCAUUAUCGCUCGGGAACGUCGAAUAGCGUCUACUCGACCUCGUCCGCAUCUCCCCAAAAUGAUCAAGCGUCCCUCUCGAACUAG